AUGUACUGUGGAAUUGAUUUGCAGCAAGAAAAAUGUGACUGCGAUUUAUCUAAAGUACCACAUAAAGGAAAUCAGACAGAUGCUGUCAAAUAUGCAUUUACACGAGUAUUUGAUCCAAACUGGAUAAAAGAGAAACUUAAAGCAACGUCGAAUUCUAUAUUUGCAAAUAAUGAUAACUCUUCAGAAGUAGAAACAUGUGAUCUUACUACUCUAUCAAAAUAUGAAGAUCAUGAUGAUGAAGAGCUUUUAUCGGAUGAGGAAGUUGAAUAUGAAUAUACAUAUGGUAUUUUUAUCAAAUCAGAAAAUAGAGUGUCUCUUCCAGCAAAAUGGUAUAUAGCUAAAGUAUCUACAGUUGAUGAGUUAGUUUCAGAAAUUCAUAUAAAUAUUGAAACUUUAAUUGGAAAAAGGCCAAUUGAUCCAAAUAAUUACCGUAUUGUAUUUAAAUCCAAAAAGGCAGCUGGAGCAGGUACUCAACUAGUUGAUACUCAAGACUUCAAAAAAUUUCAAUCAGAUUACCAGAAAUAUAGAUCCAAAAAUAUCAAUAUGGCCUUCUUUAUAACGUUUGUUAGCUCAAGUUUAAAACGAAAAGAUCUUGAAUCUGAUAAUAAUUCAGAUAAUGACUUUAUUGCGAAUUUGAAAACCAAAAACUCUAUUCCUAAAACUUUGAAUCUUUCUUCAAUUGAAUCAUCAAUUGCGAAAAAUGUUUUAGAAAUUCGAACCAAAAAUCAUUGCAUAAUUCAUAAUAGACCAUGUUUAAAUAAGGAUGGUGCUAAAGAAAAUCAUAAUAAAGCAAUGGCAUCACCAACAGAACCACCUACACACCCUUUAUUUGCAUAUAAACAUUUAAGAAAAGCGAAAGUAUCAUCACAAUUGCAAUCUAGUUCUAUGCAGUUCAAUCAAUUUCAACCAUCUAGCUCUAUGCAAUUUGAUCAAUUUCAACCAUCUAGUUCUACACAAUUUAAUCAAAUUCAACCCUUUAAUUCAGUACAACAACUUAAUUUAAUAGAACAACCAAAUUUGAUACAGCAAUAUAAUUUAAUGCAACGAUCUAAUUUGAUGCAACAAUCUAAUUCAUCACAACAAUUUAAUUUAAUUCAACAGCCUAAUUCAACACAACAACCUAAUCUAUUACAACAAUUUAAUCCAUUACAACAAUCUAAUUUAAUGCAGCAAGCUAAUUUAAUACAAAAAGCGAACUUAAUUCAAUAUUCUAAUUUAAUGCAGCAGCCUAAUUUUAUUCAGCAUUCACUUUUUCCAGGCCAGCAUUAUAUGCCGCCUAUAUUUUAUAAUCCAUUUUUACCAUAUAAUUCUUUACAAAAUUAUGGAACACCUUUUCAAACACCUAUUCAAUUACCUUUACAACAAGCAUUACCUACUAUUAAAGAUUUCUUAAAAUAUAUAGAUGGAAAA